CUGGAAGGAACAUGAGCAUCCGGCCAGUUUGGUUUGGCCACCUGACAGAGACCGGCUCUAGAGGAACUAUGGUGGCCAGGGCCUUCCUUCUGCUGGUCCUCUUUGCAGAAGCCUCAGCGAAAUCAUGCACUCCAAAUAAAGCAGAUGUCAUCCUUGUGUUUUGUUACCCCAAGACCAUUAUCACUAAAAUCCCCGAGUGUCCCUACGGAUGGGAAGUCCACCAGCUGGCGCUUGGGGGGCUGUGUUACAAUGGGGUCCAUGAAGGUGGCUACUACCAGUUUGUCAUCCCAGAUCUGUCACCUAAGAACAAGUCCUACUGUGGAACCCAGUCAGAGUACAAGCCCCCCAUCUACCACUUCUACAGCCACAUCGUGUCGAACGACAGCACAGUGAUUGUGAAGAACCAGCCUGUCAACUACUCCUUCUCCUGCACCUACCACUCCACCUACUUGGUGAACCAGGCUGCUUUUGACCAGAGAGUGGCCACUGUUCAUGUCAAGAACGGGAGCAUGGGCACAUUUGAAAGCCAGUUGUCCCUCAACUUCUACACUAAUGCCAAGUUUUCCACCAAGAAAGAAGCCCCCUUCAUUCUGGAGACAUCCGAAAUCGGCUCAGACCUGUUUGCAGGAGUAGAAGCUAAGGGCCUGAGCAUUCGGUUCAAAGUGGUCUUGAAUAGUUGCUGGGCUACCCCCUCGGCCGACUUCAUGUACCCCUUGCAGUGGCAGCUCAUCAAUAAGGGCUGCCCCACCGAUGAGACAGUCCUCGUGCAUGAGAACGGCAAGGACCACAGGGCCACUUUCCAAUUCAAUGCCUUCCGGUUCCAGAACAUCCCCAAACUCUCCAAGGUUUGGUUACACUGUGAGACAUUCAUCUGCGACAGUGAGAAGCUCUCCUGCCCAGUGAACUGUGACAAACGGAAGCGCAUGCUACGUGACCAGACAGGGGGUGUCCUGGUUGUGGAGCUGUCCCUGCGGAGCAGGGGAUUUUCCAGUCUCCGUGACUUCUCAGAUAUUCUUCUUCAUCUCAUCCUGAUGCUGGGGACCCGGGCUGUGUUAUAGGAGAUAGUUGGGCAGCAGC